UCUCUCUCCAUUUCUCUUUUUCAUCAUCUCUCUCUAUUUAACUCAAUCACUAGUUCACUACAAACUCAUAAUUAAAUAAAAACAAUAAAUAAUUAACAGAGACCGGCCUUCACCUACGUCACAAGCUCUCUCUUUCCCUCUACAUAUUUCGUUCUUCUUGCAACACGGAAAUGAGCGAGAAGUGGAAGCUGUCGAAAAAGGAUGCAUCAUCUGCUUCCUGCUCAUCUUCUAGUUCCUCUAAAUCCAAGUUCUCUAGAAGCUUCUCAACGAGUGCUUCCUCAACAAAGGCUCCCGCAUUAGUACGGAGCUCAUCCACCAAAUGUUCAGUGCCAUCUUCUUCCUCUUCCAUCUCAAGAAGCACCUCGAAGAAAGAGAAAGGAUCAUCAUCUUCCAUUACCCAAAAGUACAGUAGCAUAGCCAAAGAACAGAAGGGAAGGUUUUACAUCAUGAGAAGGUGUGUGGCUAUGCUUGUUUGCUGGCAUAAACAUGAUUCCUAGCCUAGAUCUCAUGCAAUUUAUAUUCUUUUCGCUUUGGUAUUAGAUCAGUUUGAUUCUCUACUCUAGGUUGCUACAAGUUUCUAUAAUAGUACAUUGUAAGACCCUGGUAAGAAAGAGAAUAUUUUGAUAAUUAGUACUUUAUUGUUAUUAAUUUGAUAAGACAAAGUUCUGUAUACAAAUGUACAAAUAACUUCGAA